AUGUCCGAGACUCCUCGACCUUCUCUCAAGCUCACUUUGGGCAAGAAGAAGGCCCCGGAGGAGAAGCCGAAGCCUCAGAAAGCGCCCGCGCCUGCGCCCGCGACCCCGUCCAGCGAACCUCGCAAGCUGACCUUGAAGAUCGCCCGCAAAACAAAAGAGAACAAUGACGAAGAGAAGCCAAAGAAGAAGCCCUCGAAAAAGCGACCAGUGGAAGCACCUGGUCUUCACGAGCCUACCGCCGUAGCCCCCUCCAGCGCAGGGCCGAAACGACUGAAGCUGAACCCGUCGAAGAAGCCAGGCGUGCAGUCGAUCCGGAUUAAAAACAAAGGGCUGGUCCCUACCCGGCCGGUUGGCGUUGGAUACGAUUCUGAAGCUUCGGAUAAUGAGGCAGAUCCGGCUAUUGAGGAACAGUUCAUUCUACGCAUGCUUCCUGGACCCGACUGUGAUUAUCUACGAAAAGCGGUCGAGGAGCGGCUGUUUGACCGGUCAGAGUUUUGCUUCAAGCCGCUCACGCGAGAAGGACGACGCGCUGUUAUUAAAAUCCGCGACAAGCAGUAUGCCGCGGCACUGGUGGAUCUGCCAUGCAUCGUCGAAGGCAUGAAGAGUUGGGACAGGAGAGGGUGGUAUAAGUCUGCGGAUAUCUGCCAGAUGCUUCUAGUCCUGGGACUGGUAGCCAAUGAUAAGGAAGCUUUGGAGUAUCCGAUACCGUCGGAUGUUGAACAGCUGGAUGAGAAGACCCUGCGGUACCCGCACGGGCUGACGCCUCCGCUACGUUGGGCGAGGAAGCGACGGUUCCGCAACCGGGUCAGCACACGGACGAUCGAACAAGUGGAAAAUGCUGUGAGUGAUUUGAUCGAACAAGACGAAGCCUCGGUUGCGCCGCCUCGGUAUGAAUUAGUCGACAGCGCGUCACUCAAUCGGGCCGAGGGACUGGUGCAGAGCGGAGAUUACUACGAGGACGAGUACUACGAUGAUGAACAAGAUGCAGAAGGUGAGGUUGAUGAAGGUAUGCCGGGGAUGACAGAUCGCGGUGUAUAUGAAGCAGGAACACCGACAGUUCCCAAGCCCCAGUCACCAGCGGCAGAGUCGUCUGGCGAUGAGAGUGAGAUGUCCGAAGGCGACGAGGAAGACGUGCCCGAGGAGGAAAUGGAUGAGGAGCAAUUAGAGCAACAGCGACAGUUCCAGCAACGGCGCGAAGAGAUUGCCGAACUCGAGGCCUUGAUUAGGUUGGAAACUGUCAAGUGGGAGCAAAUGAUGAACCAGAUCCUGAAGAACAAACUGGCCAAGCGGAUUCAAGACUUGAAGAAAGACCUGUCCUUGAGGAAGGUGGCGAUUGGAGAGGGUGACGAUAUGGACUAA